UCUAAAAGACGAGAACGGCAAAGAACAAGUGCUACGCUGUGGUGGAAGCAUAUUAACAAACAAGAUAAUACUAACAGCAGCACACUGCCUGAAGCUCCCUGGCUAUACUCUGGUUGAAGCAAGCGUGUACUACAACACCAGCGAGGCGUUGCAUGGGCCUAAAGCAUUGGUGAAUCGAGCUAUCGUUCAUCCCAAAUACAAAGACGUCAGCACGGGCUAUGACAUCGCCUUGAUGAGUCUUCUGGAGCCGCUUCGUUAUGACCCAUACGUGAGGCCUAUCUGCUUACCAAAAAAAGUCAGACCACUUUCCGGAAGGCCUGUUCUGGCUUCAGGCUGGGGAUAUACGAAUCCAGCGGGCAACUCUUCACAAGACUUGCUUUAUGUAGUGCUGAAGGUAUUACCAGACUGGAAAUGCAAAUGCGAACUGCAUCAUACAACAGCUUCGAACGUCAGCAGCUCGUUGUUACUGUGUACUCACACUCCUGGGAAGGAUAUCUGCAUGGGGGAUUCGGGUGGACCACUCACAGUUUGGAACAAAAAUGGGCUGUCGGAGCUAGUGGGCGUUGUGUCGUUCACAUUCGGAUGCGGCUCUGUGGGUUACCCAAGCGGAUUCACUCGCGUCUCUGGGUACACAGACUGGAUAAGAGAAUCUAUGAAAUCACCAGACAACUGGCAGAAACUGCCCGCAGCCUUCAAACAUUAG